AUGACUAGCGCGGUAGUGUUUUCACUUUCCAUCGCUCUGAGGUGGAAAUUUUAUUUAAUAGUAAUCUGAUGUUAAUCCCCCGCGGCUUCUCCCCUUACUCCAGUUUCCAUCGUGCCCCAUCUACAGAAUACCUCCUCCGCCACACCUCUGCCCGUUUAACGCUGCGCCCCAUUUUUUUUACUUGGUCCCCUACUUUUGACCAUAGCCUGGUAUGAGCCUGAGUGCACUACAGGUAAUAGUCAGGGUGGCAUUUGGACCUCGGUCUCCAGUGGACCAGGGCAGCGUGAGGCAGCAUGUGUUCAGAAUGGCACAGAGAGAAGCCCGAGAGCGACGGGCCUUUGUGUCUCCCGCCCGUCUUUCAUUACCUUUCCAGUUCACUGAGCCACUGUGACCCUCUCCUCGUUCCGCUUCCCUGCUCGCUCGGCACGGCCCGCCAGCUGGCUUCUCCCACGGUGUCGCUUUUCUCCGGUUGGGUGGAAGCCUGCUGUGUGUGUGGGUCCUGUGGUCAUGCGUGCCCGGUGUGUGUAUUGGAGAGAGAGAGCAGGAACCCAUCCAGGAGACAGUCGGUGAGAGUGGGACCCAGGCAGGAGACAGUCAGUCAGAGUGGGACCCAGGCAGGAGACAGUCGGUCAGAGUUGGACCCAGGCAGGAGACAGUCGGUCAGAGUUGGACCCAGGCAGGAGACAGUCGGUCAGAGUUGGACCCAGGCAGGAGACAGUCAGUCAGAGUGGGACCCAGGCAGGAGACAGUCGGUCAGAGUUGGACCCAGGCAGGAGACAGUCGGUCAGAGUUGGACCCAGGCAGGAGACAGUCGGUCAGAGUGGGACCCAGGCAGGAGACAGUCGGUGAGAGUGGGACCCAGGCAGGAGACAGUCGGUGAGAGUUGGACCCAGGCAGGAGACAGUCGGUCAGAGUGGGACCCAGGCAGGAGACAGUCGGUCAGAGUGGGACCCAGGCAGGAGACAGUCGGUCAGAGUGGGACCAGGGCAGGUCAGCCAGACUAGACCCACAGGGACAGGCCAGAUUAGACCCACAGGGACAGGCCAGACUAGACACACAGGGACAGGCCAGACUAGACCCACAGGGACAGGCCAGGUGGAUAUCACCCAGGUGUGAUGGUUCUUCACCAGGUGAUCCGGGCGGUCCGGGAAGGUGACCUCGCGGCCCUAAGGGAGCUGUCCUCCUCUGGGCACCUCACCGCCUCCAUCUCGGACGCCCAGGGGGCCGGCCCGGUGCACCACGCCGCCCGCUGCGGCCACCUCGACUGCCUGCGUUACCUGGUGGCGGAGGUGGGGCUGGCGGCCGAUGCGCGGGCCCUGAACCGGGCCACGCCGGCGCACGACGCUGCCGCCACCGGCCACACCCGGGAACUCCGGUGGCUGGUGGACCAAGGAGGUUGCAAUGUUGAGGACCAGGAUGCAGCAGGGGCGACUGCGUUGCACCUGGCCUCCCGGUUUGGCCGCAUGGAGGUGGUCCACUGGCUUCUGUCUGUUGGCUGCGCGGCAGAGGUGUCCACUGACUGUGGGGCUGUACCAGCCCACUACGCUGCUGCCAAGGGAGACCUCACCUGCCUGAAACUACUGGUUGGACAUGCCCCCGGGUGUGUGAACCGGCAGACGUCGAUCGGCGCCACCCCUCUGUACUUGGCCUGCCAGGAGGGGCACCUGCACGUUGUGGAGUACCUGGUGAAGGACUGCGGUGCCGAUGUUCACCUCAGGGCCCACGACGGCAUGACAGGCCUCCACGCUGCUGCCCACAUGGGACACCAUUCCCUGGUCGUCUGGCUGGCCACAUUCACAGACUUGAGCCUGCAGUGCCAGGACAGGGAGGGGGCGACUGCUCUGCACUUUGCGGCCAGUGGGGGGCACCAUCGCAUCCUGGAGAGACUGCUCCGCAUGGGGGCAAAGGUCAUCAAAGACUACUGGGGAGGAACCCCUCUGCAUGAUGCUGCAGAAAACGGAGAGCUGGAGUGCUGCAGGAUUCUGUUGGCCAAUCAGGUUAGCCCGUCGGAGCAGGACGUGGAUGGGUUCACGGCGGCAGACCUAGCCGAGUACAAUGGACAUUACGAAUGUGCCGGCUGCAUCCGUGCCUUGGAGGCAUGCCCAUUCUCUGCAAACCUGCCAAUUGAAGAGCUAGGUCCAGUGGAGGAAGAUGUGCAAGGGAGACAGGCUGUAACAUGGCCGCCCAGUAAAGAGGACUACUACCGAUGCCUUAGCGACACACGCCGGGACUACUUCCACAGUUUUAACAGCACAAUGACGGAGAGCUUAGAGGGUAAAAUGGUGGUGAGAGGCAAUAUUUCUGCAGAAGCUGUCAAUAUCAACAACCGGCUUGGUGACAAAACGCAUCUCAAGGAAAUGAGUGCUUCAGCCACUUCAACAGAAGCCAAUAUGAUUCUACAAAAAGAGAUGACUAUCGAUCUCACCAAAAUUCAGCUUGGUGGCAAAAAGCUCCUCACUGACAUUAAAUCUUCAGCGGCCUCAACCCAAGCAAGUAAGAUGGUCGUGAUGCACUCAUUGUCAUCAGAAGGAGCCAGUACAAGCGUGCCGGUGACAAUUGAUCUGACCAAAAACGUCCGGAUAGGAGCUAAAAUGCUUUGCACUGAGAGAAAAACGGUGGAUACUUUGGUGGUGAAAACAGCUGAUUUGGCCAGUGCUUCAGACGAACACCUCGUGGUUGGUAGAAAGCUCCUGGGGGAUGCUGAGCUCCUCAACACAAUGAAAUCCCUCACGUCCCUGACACAAACGGAGAUAAUGACUGUGGCCGCUGCACAAGCAAGCAGGAUGGUUGUUUUGCCUAUGGAAGAGGCCAACCUGUCUGAGAUUGACUACCUGGUUCCCACCCACGACGAGCAAGGUCAACCAAUCGCUGAGUGGAAGAGGCAGGUCAUGGUACGUCAGUUACAGGCCAGGCUUCUGGACGAGGAGGACCAGAGGAGAAAGGAGAACGGAAGCACGUCCAAAGCAGUGACCUGGCGGUACUCUCAGGCUCACAACGCUAUCCUGGGCCCGUUUGGAGAGCUGCUGACCGAGGACGACUUGAUCUAUCUGGAGAAGCAGAUCCAAAGUGUGUCCAAUCAGAAGAAUAGCGAGGUAUAUGAGACGGAGCUGGCCCGCCUGGCUGAAGAGCUCAGAACCAUCCUACCCGCUCCAAUAGUCAACAUCACUGCCAGCACCCAGUUCAGGAACCCCAACCAGCAGUCUCAGGUCCCUCUGCCCGUGUGGUGCAACCGGAUCUCAGGCAUUGUGAAGAGCAUGUCUCUCCUGAUGACCAACCUGACUGACGCACCGUACUCCAAGAUGCCCAACACGGAGCUGUCCACUGUGUUCACCCUGACCCCCGGCAGACACCCCUCCACCAGGGGGCGCCGGGAGAAGAUAGAGUCAGAGAUCCACCAGUUUGGAGUGUCUGUCCGGAAUCUAAAGUCUAACUUUGAAGUUCACGAAGAAGCCAAAGGAGAAGUGAACACAGUGUCAGCCUUGGGAGAUCAGAGGUUGGAUGUCACGGGAACACAGGACAAUUCCAAAGAGACGAACCCUGCCCCCCAAGCAGACCAGAACCGAGACUCGGGCAUUGACUAUGAUAACAACGUGAUUGAUGUCAGAGAAACCACCAGUCUACGUAAGGAACGGAUCGUGGUUCUGUUCCUGGGCCACUGGAAGAAGUCCGCUUAUACGGUGACCCAAAGGACCCGAGAGGCCGAGAGGAGGGCCAGCGAAGAAGAUGCCGGGAAGCCCAAAGGGAGUGCCGACGGGAAGGGACCUGGUUCUGGAUCACAUGUGCCUCUGGGACAUUUCUUUAAACAAAGGAGCGUCAUCAACAAGAUGAUCUGUGAUUGGAGGAGCAUGAUUUCUAGCGUUCCGUCCAGACAAAUCCGUCGUCUCAAUCGGCAGCAGACACCUUACUCCCCAGAACAGUUUCUUCCCAAGGUGGACGGAUCGACGGUGGACUACGACAGCCUGACCCUUGACCUCUUCAUGCUCGGCUACUUUCACAUUCUGGAACUCGAACUCCCAGCGGACGAGAGGAAGAUGAGACACCUGCUCUGCUUCGAGGUGUUUGACCACGUCGGCCGUUUUACCUGGGAGACCGUCCGGGAGUUCCACAAGGCCGUCAUGCUCGACAUCGAGGCCGGGAAGCGCGAGUGGAAGGAUGGCUUCGAGGACAUCAAGGUCAAAUUCUUUGGGAAUGCUUCGACAAGUCAGUCUGAAGUGCCAGAGGUUGAAGAACAACAUACCCUACCGGAGGUCAAGCCGGUGCCUAAGGUCAUCAUUCAAACACCAACGCCAGAUGAAGAGGCUCUGAUCAAAGGAUCUGAUAUCUCCAGUUUCAGCAAUGAGGAGAUUUGUAAAUACAUAGACAGGAGCUUCGCUUUCUGGAAAGAGAAGGAGGCAGAGAUCUUUGAUUUCGAAUAGUAGCCGUUUUCGCUAUAAUUUCUUGUGGUUUUAUUUUUGUAUAAUUUGUAGCCUGUUGUCAUUAAGUUAUAGUCAAGGCGAGCAAUGGCUGUACUGUACAUUUUAUUCUCAAUACCUUGGUGUUCUUUACAAAUUGCUUUAAGAGUGUAUAUUAUCUAAAGACAAAGCAGUAGGUAGAUCCGAGGUGGAGAGCCCCGGUUCCAGAGUUCAUAAAAUGAUUAAAUGUAAGAUAUGUUACAGCUCAGGUUGUCUGGCUCCUUAGUUCCUGUUUUACAUCUGUCCAUCCACCUCCAGGGCUGGCUACUUAUAAAGAUCCACGGUUAACUUUCCAUCAUCACAAAAUGUCUGAUGCAUACUACCCCCUAUAACAUUAUUACAAUAAAUGAACAGAAUUAAAAUCUGUACUGUGAUUUAUUCUGAGAUGACCCUUUACUCUCUUAGUAUGAUGUGGAUCUAUCUAUAUCUCUGUGUUCAUUUAUCAUCUAUGUUUCUAUCUGACUUUCUAUCUUUUGUCUAUCAGUCGUCAGGUGUCAUGGCAAUAAACCUCCAUUUCUCCUGAGAAGUAAGACAGAGAAAAUCUCCCCUCCCCCCCGGCGUCUUUAGCAGCAGG